GGGUCUUUGUUCGGACUGUAUUUAACAAUAUACCGGUAUACCUGUACUCCCACAGAGAUGGUUUCCUGCAUGACUCACUUAAAUGCUGUCCUUAAUCUCCAGAUCACUCUCCAUCUCCGUCUGCACAGAACGAUGAGGAACACACAAUCUUCCGUCCUGCUCGCAUUUAUCGGUCUGUUGCUGGUCGUAAAUGGUGUUCACGCUACUGGUCUGUCAUCCUCCACACAGCAAGUCACACAGCGGGUCCCAACCAGCCAGCCCUUGUCCCCCUGCAAGACGGGAACAUGCCCAAAGAGUGGGGAGGAGCAAACACGUCCCUGGACUCGGAUUGGGAGGGGGAUGUUCCAGAAGUGUGACUCCAGCCAGGAGAGCUACUGUCUGAAUGGAGAGUGUUUCCUGGUGCCUGACAUCAACGAACACCACUGCAGGUGUGACAAGGGAUACUAUGGCCCCAGGUGUGCUCAUCUGGAGAUGGUUUUUCAGCCAAUGAGAGAAGAGCAUGUCAUCUUAAUGGUGGUGUUUGUUGGACUAUUGGUUGUGGGCAUCACUGGAGCUGUUUACUUCUUCUGCCAAUGGUACAGGAGGAGUAGGUGUCCUACUCAACAGACCAAGCAGCUGUACCAGGUGCCAACAGCAUGAUGAGGAGGUGCCAACAGCAUGAUGAGGAGGUGCCAACAGUGUGACGAGGAGGUGCCAACAGUGUGAUGUGUGCAGUCUUACCAGUGACACAUAAGAAUUGAAACAACUCACACUUAACAGCAACUGAUAAGCAUUUCAGUGGCAAUCGUGAUGCUACUGGCACCCUCUUCAAGCAUCCACACUGCCCAGACAGACAGACAGGCUCUUCAUUGUACCGGUUCAGGAAUGUGUGUACGUGUGGUCUAUCUGUCUAAGUACCUGAGUUAGUUAAGAGUUAGGGGAAAUUGUUUUUGUUAACGGUACUCUGUUGUCAGUCAUCUCAAGAAUUGUAGCUCCAGGCUCACCUUGUGUUAUUGUCUUUGCCUCUGACAUUAGAUUUUUACACCCUGCAUUUGGAUGUGAUGAUUUAAAAUUCCUAGUGUUAUAAAAUCCAUUAGUAUUCUGUUUAGUUUGGCAUCAUGUUGGCCAUGGUUUGUUUUGUUUGUUUUUUAUAUUUUCAACUUAAUUUUAUUUGCAGUAUCCUGCAUUUUAUAUUUAUUGGUUGGGAAUAAAAUGUGUGUAUUUCUAGUUAUGAUUCUGUGUCUCCAGUAGAGGGCAACGUUUAGGUUGAAUCCAAGCCUUAAAGCGUAAAGACCGAUAGUGAACUCAACUUGCAUAAAACCACUUUUAGGGUGGAUAACACCAGUGCUUGACUUGGACUCAAAUUGACGCGGUUACUCACUUUUGGAUCUGUUUACAUUCAGGUGCUGGAGCUCCACAACACUUGCUCAAGCAGAAAAACUAUAUGUUUAGCUUAACUGUUGGGACCCAACGUGUCUAUUGAGUGCUUCGGUCAUUUUAUGUAGUCAACUGGAUGAGAAGACCCUCUUAAUCGUCUGAUCCCUCUUGAUGUCAUGACUUCUACUGGCCACCCCUCAGAGUCUGGUUCCUCUUUAGGUUUCUACCUAAUUAUAGACCCUACUAGGGAGUUUUUCCUAGCCGCUGUGCGUAAACUUUUGUUGCUUGCUGUGUGGGUUUUCAUGCUGGGUAUUUGUAAAAGCACUUUCUGACAACUGCUGAUGUAAA